CUAGGAAAAAAUUUCAAAACUUUUUCCCGAGAUAUAGGUCUCCUUAUUUUAUGAGAGGACCUCAUAACCCAAAUCGAAGCUGAUGAGGUGAUUUUAAAUUAAAUAUAAAUAUCGUACGGUCAAAAAAAUGUUUCCAUUUUGUUCCGAUUUAUCCACAGGCAUAACGUGUGUCCUGUGUCUGUGUCAAAUUGAAGUUACAGAUAUUGGAUAGUUUUUUCACAUGUCCCAAAUAUGCAAUUAUUUAUUUUAAACAGAUAUUCUCGAAAGCUAAUGACAAUGAAUAAAAAAAUUGAAAUUAUUCAUGAAAUGAAGUUUCACAUUGCUAUGUUAAACGUAGACAAAUUUUGAAUUAUGUCACCCAUCCAAAUAGUGUCACAUUCAGUUAAAUGCAGAAAAGUAGACCUUGAUAAUUUGACAAUUGAAAAAACUGAUCAUAGUCAAUAAAUAAUUAAUUGAAGUACUGACAGUUCUGCAUAAACGUAAGAUAUUAAAAUACCGAAGUAUUUAAGCAACAAACUUUAAAGAUGUCAUCAACAAUCUAUAUGCCGGAUAUGAUGUCCGAGGAGAGUUUUGGUACCCACUAUUUAUGUAUGGAGUUAUGCAUUGCAGUUAUUUUUUAUUUUGGCGCUGAGAUACUGUUUGUAUAUACAAAAAAGUUCUUUCAAUGGCUUUUGAAAUGGUUGUUUGAAACAGGUGUUUGGGAUUGGAUUGGGUUACGAGAUCUGAAUGCAGAAGCUGAUUUGGUUAGAUUAGAGCAAUUACUUGUGUAUCUAAUAGCACAAUAUAUUCAACAACAUCCCGGUGCAUUGAGAGAAGAAGAGGCGGGUAUGCAUCAACUUGAUGAAAUAUUCUUAGUUAUUGAAGGACAUGAAGAUGAAGCCCAAGUCCAAGUCGAAGUGGAAGAGGAAGAGGAAGAUGAAGACUCCGAUGAUGAAUAUGAUGACUUAAUUUGGAAGAUGGGCCGGAGCUUGCAAUUUUAUUACUUGUGUGAUUGAAAUAAGAUUAGCAAUUUUUAAAAACUUAAGAAAA